AUGAAUCUUGCAUAUCUUUUUUUUUUUCUCUUAUUCCUUUUGACCAAGAGUGUAAACAACUCUGAAAUAUGCACUACUCUCCUCCUAACUGUCUCCCCCCCCCCCCCCUCCUAUUUUCUCCUCGCUGUCUCCCCCCCCGUCUCCCCUCCCUCUAUUUUCUCCCCAUUUUUCUCCCCUGUCUCCCCCCCCUUUACUUGUCUCCCCUCCCUCUAUUUUCUCUCCCCCCCCCGCUCUAUUUUCUCCUCACUGUCUCCCCCCUCUCCCUCAUUGCUCUAUUUUCUCCUAUUUUCUCCUCUGUCUCCCCCCCUCCCGCUCUAUUUUCUUUCCUGUCUCCCCCCGCUCUAUUUUUAUCCCUUGUCUCCCCCCGCUCUAUUUUCUCCUCGCUGUCUCCCCCCCUCCAUUUAUAAUACUAACAAAGUCUCCCUUUUCUUUUUUUGUCUCCCCCCCCAAAAACAUUUUCUCCUUACUGUCUCCCCCCCCUCCAAUUCCAUUUUCUCCUCGCUGUCUCCCCCCCCCCCAUUUUCUCUAUUUUUUUCCUCGCUGUCUCCCCCCCACACUUUAUCUCCUUUCUGUGUGUACAAUUUGUAUUUUUGA